GGUGACCACGGUGGCGCUGGGCAAGCACCGGCUGUCCGGGCGCGAGGCGGGCGAGCAGCGGCGCGUGGUGGCCAAGGGGGGGUCACCUGUGUCCUCUAGUGGUCACCUGGUCACCUCCUGGGUGACCACGGUGGCGCUGGGCAAGCACCGGCUGUACGGGCGCGAGGCGGGCGAGCAGCGGCGCGUGGUGGCCAAGCGGGUGCCCCACCCGGGCUACGACGCCUCCUCCAAGGACAACGACAUCAUGAUGCUCAAGCUCCUGGCUCCGGCCGCCCUGUCCGAGCGCGUCCGGCCCAUCGCCGUGGCCUCCUGCCUGCCCCGGCCCGGCACCGCCUGCGUCACCUCGGGCUGGGGGGCCACCACCUCGCCGGAAGUGACGUACCCCGAGGUCCUCCAGUGCGUCAACGUCACCCUGUUCUCGGCGGCCGAGUGCCGGAGCUUCUACCCCGGCUCCAUCACGGCCAACAUGAUCUGCGCCGGCAACAUCCGCGGCGGCCAGGACUCCUGCCAG